CGAGCCGGCAGGCGGGCGAGGAGCGUCUCCUCCAGCAUCUGCCGCGGCCGCGUUUGCCCGGGUACUGACCGACGGACGGAUCGUCUGGCGGACGGGCUUGGGAGCUCGCCUUGUGCUCGGGGCCAGCUCCAGCGAAGCUCUGGGCUUGCAGCACGCGCUUCCCCGCCCGCUCGCGGCCACCCCGGCUCCGGCGGCCUCGGCGCGCGAGGGGCUGGACGUGCGGGAGCCGCUCUCCGCAGGUCGGUCCUUGCGCUGCUCAGCCCCGACCGCUGCGCUGCGGCCCCCGAGCGGCGUCCCUGAGCCCCAGCUCCCCGCCGUGCUGCUCCGAGCAACGGUGCUCAGGGGCUCCAAACUCGGGCUGCCGGGGCAAGUGUCUUCAUGAACCCAGAGGAUGUCCGGGAAGCAUUACAAGGGUCCUGAAGUCAGUUGUUGCAUCAAAUAUUUCAUAUUUGGCUUCAAUGUCAUAUUUUGGUUUUUGGGAAUAGCAUUUCUUGGAAUUGGACUGUGGGCGUGGAAUGAAAAAGGAGUUCUGUCCAACAUCUCUUCCAUCACCGAUCUUGGCGGCUUUGACCCAGUUUGGCUCUUCCUCGUGGUAGGAGGAGUGAUGUUCAUUCUGGGAUUUGCUGGGUGCAUUGGAGCUCUACGGGAAAACACUUUCCUUCUCAAGUUUUUUUCUGUAUUCCUGGGAAUCAUUUUCUUCCUGGAGCUCACUGCCGGGGUUCUGGCAUUUGUUUUCAAAGACUGGAUCAAAGACCAGCUGUAUUUCUUUAUAAACAACAACAUCAGAGCGUACAGGGAUGACAUUGAUUUGCAAAACCUCAUAGACUUCACCCAGGAAUAUUGGCAGUGCUGUGGGGCUUUUGGAGCUGAUGAUUGGAACCUAAAUAUUUACUUCAAUUGCACAGAUUCCAAUGCAAGUCGAGAGCGAUGCGGCGUGCCCUUCUCCUGCUGUACUAAAGACCCCGCAGAAGAUGUCAUCAACACUCAGUGUGGCUAUGAUGCCAGGCAAAAGCCAGAAGUCGAUCAGCAGAUUGUAAUCUACACGAAAGGCUGUGUGCCCCAGUUUGAGAAGUGGUUGCAGGACAACUUAACCAUUGUGGCUGGUAUUUUUAUAGGCAUUGCAUUGCUACAGAUUUUUGGGAUCUGCCUGGCACAGAACCUGGUGAGUGAUAUUGAAGCUGUCAGGGCUAGCUGGUAGAGCGCCUGCAACAGCUGCCUCCAGACACUGGACAGACCCUGCCUUCCUGACCCUCCAGUGCGCCCAACUGAUACCCAUGCUGCACGGACCCUAAUCACAGAGGCAUCCUGCGAUCCCACCUGAUGGAGCUGCCAUCAGAACUUAGUUUUUGGGGGGGUAGAACUGGGAAAUGCUGCUCACUGACAGAAUUAAAAAAAAAUAAUAAUAACCAGUAUGAAAGUCGUUGCGCCGUCAGUCUCUAUUGUAGCCAUGAAUUUCUGGACGGUUGGAUACUUACCAAAUGA